CCACAUGGGGGCCAUAAAACCUCCAGAAGCUGGGUGGGGAGGAGCGAGGCCUGGCAUCUGGAUCCCUGGGUCACUGGCUACCCGGGUCUGAGCUACAGGUCCCCCAGAGCACCCUCUACGCUGAGAACAGGACCCUGAAAUGAAGAGACUCCUCCUGGUCAUUGGCCUGGUGGCUGUGUUGCCGUGGGAGGCAGGCUCAGUCUUGAUACCCCAGGUCCUUCUCAAGACCAAAGGCAAAGUCGGCAUGGAGCAGGACACAAAGGAGGCCUGGGGUGUCCGAGCAAUGGAGCCUCUGGAGAAGGACAACCAGCUCAUGGGGCUGCUUGUGGCACCAAAAGUCGCAGCCGCCCCCUGGGAGGGGGAGCAAGGUGCCAAGGACAUCCUGGGCCCUGAACCCGACCAUGACAGCCUGUAUCACAGCUGGCUGGAGGAGCCCCAGGAGGAGGCGGGGGUCAGGGCUCUGGUGCUGCCAUCUCACCAGGUGCUCGAAGGGCCAGAGGAGGACCGAGACCACAUCUACCAUCCCAGGGAGUCCUAACCCCUUCCUAGCUGGAAAAAAUAAAACUUGCAAA